GACUGCAGAGCUGAAAUCGGAAGAGCUGCUCUUCACAGGCAGUAGAAAGCCCCCGGCUAGCUGUACAGCUCUUCUCAGCAAGCGGGCCGGUGUGCUCUUUACACAUUUGUUAAUGGAUGUGACCCCCUGUCCCUGGUCCAGGAGGUGACAUUAACUGCCCGCUACUGCUCUAAUAGCUGGGCUCCAGACACCAACAUGACUGAACGCUUCGACUGCCACUACUGCAAAGAGUCCUUGUUUGGUAAGAAGUAUAUCCUCAAGGAGGACAGCCCCUACUGUGUGAAAUGCUAUGAAAACCUUUAUUCCAACACCUGCGAGGAAUGCAAAAAGCCUAUUGGUGCUGACUGCAAGGAUCUGUCUUACAAGGACCGCCACUGGCAUGAAACCUGCUUCCACUGCUUCCAGUGCAAGAAUUCAUUGGUGGACAAACCUUUUGCUGCAAAAGAGGAACAUCUACUUUGUACUGAUUGCUACUCCAAUGAAUACUCUUCCAAAUGUAACGAGUGCAAGAAGACUAUUAUGCCAGGUACUCGGAAGAUGGAAUAUAAGGGCAAUAGCUGGCACGAGACCUGCUUUAUCUGCUACCGCUGCCAACAGCCUAUUGGGACAAAGAGCUUCAUCCCUAAGGACAAUCAAAACUUCUGCAUACCUUGCUAUGAAAAGCAGUUUGCCAUGCAGUGUGUCCAGUGCAAGAAGGCCAUCACUACGGGAGGAGUUACUUACCGGGAGCAGCCGUGGCAUAAGGAGUGCUUUGUUUGUACUGGAUGCAAGAAGCAGCUAUCUGGACAACGCUUUACUUCCAGGGAUGAGUUUGCAUAUUGCCUGAGCUGCUUCUGCAACCUCUAUGCCAAAAAGUGUGCUGGAUGCACAAAUCCAAUCAGUGGACUCGGAGGAACCAAGUACAUCUCCUUUGAAGAACGGCAGUGGCACAAUGAUUGCUUUAACUGUAAGAAGUGCUCCCUCUCAUUAGUGGGUCGCGGCUUCCUCACGGAAAGGGAUGACAUCCUUUGCCCUGAAUGUGGGAAGGAUAUUUAAAGCUCAAAGUAAAGAGGUGGGGAGAGGGGAGGAAAGCUGUGCUUGCAAUAUAUAGUCUGAAAUACACAGAUGUUCAGAACUAGCUUUGCCACUCUGUUUUGCUGAACUAUUAACAUUACGUAACCUUUUACUUCAAACUCUCCAAAUCUGGAGGGAAAACAACUUCAAAAUCUCCAGUAGCAGUGUUGGUGUUUAAGAUUUCUACAGCUAACUAAAACUAAUGCAAAACCUGAGAUGUUAAAACCAUGCGGGUGUUAUUAACAGAACAUACUCUUUUUGUUGGGUUUGGGUUUUUUUUUUCCUUCCGCUAAAUAUUCCAGUUAGAAGCAAGUGAUACAGUUCCAAGGAUUACUAUGGCCACAUGCAACACAUUUAUAGAUGGAUAUUGAAGGUGAAACCCUCAGCCUGCCGGAAUCAAUAGCAACCACCAUUCAGUUUCAAAAGGGUUGUGGUCUCACCUCAGUGUUCUUGAGCUCUGUGCCUAGUGUGUGCUGUCAAGUGUGUAGCCAGACUGCAGACGUAGAGGGUGUCUCAGUGUACAAGGGUUUGUGCUGUGCCACGCAGAGGUAACAAUUAAACAGUUGAGGUGGGUGUGCUUUGUAACGGGUACAUAUUUUAUUGCAUGACUAGCUGGUGGUUGUGUGGAGUACAAGUUCUGAUUGACAGUGUCAGUAUUACAGUUAAGUCGACGUUA